AUGAAGUCCAAUGGAACUGCGAUGCACUGGCAUGGCGUCCGUCAGCUUCAUAGCAACGAGUACGACGGCGUUCCUGGCGUGACUCAAUGCCCAAUACCACCAGGGAAGUCACUCACGUACAAAUUCAAUGUGACCCAGUAUGGCACUGGCUGGUACCACAGCCAUUUCUCAUUCCAAACCGCCGAGGGUGUGUAUGGGCCCAUCAUCUUCAAUGGCCCGGCGACGGCCGACUAUGACGAAGACCUUGGCGCGCUGUUUCUUCAAGACUGGGCGCAUGAGUCUACCUUUGCCAUCUGGGAUCGCAAGGAAAAGUUUGGUGUCACGUAUUCGCUCAGCAACACCUUGAUGAAUGGCACAAACACGUUCGAUUGCACGACGAGGCCUUCCGAUAAGAAUUGCAUCGGCGAUGGGAAGAAGUUCCAGACUGUCUUCAAGCAAGGUAGAAAGCACCGCUUGCGGCUCAUCAACUCAUCCAUCAACAGCCAGUUCCACUUCCACAUUGAUAGGCACAAUCUCACAGUUAUCUCCAACGACUUUGUCGCCAUUAAGCCAUACGAAACAGAGUCCGUGUCGAUUAGUGCGGGCCAGCGAUACGAUGUGAUUGUACACGCCAACGCCCCGCCGGGCGAUUAUUGGAUCCGCGGUACAUGGAAUGAAGCCUGCGUGGAUGUUGCCAACGAUCGUCCAGAAGAAAUGACAGGCAUUGUGCGAUACGACGCAGCUAGCACAAUAGACCCGACCAGCACAAACACCGUCAAACAACCCACCGAUUGCGCAGACGAGCCGCAGGCAAACCUGGUGCCUCAACUGAAGCUCGACGUCACCAACAUCACCGACACCACUUUCGAGGAGCUUAGCAUGCUGAUAAAUGGUGCAGCACUGCUGCAAUGGACCAUUAACAGCAGCACCCUGCACCUCAACUGGGAGAAGCCGACGCUGAAGCGUAUUCUUGAUUAUGACCGCAUUUUCCCCACGUCUUACAACGUUGUGCCGAGGCAAUCCCCUGUUGGCGAUGAGUGGGCUGUGCUAGUUAUUGAGAACAAGGCGCCGGCAGCACUUGGCCCUGUACAACAUCCUAUCCACCUUCACGGACACGAUCUCUGGGUUUUGGCGCAAGAAGGCCAGAAAUGGGAAGGCAGGACAAGAGGGUUCAAGACCACCAACCCGGUACGGAGGGACGUUGCCAUGCUGCCCGGUAACGGCUACCUAGCCAUCGCAUUCAAACUCGACAACUUCGGUGCGUGGCUCAUUCACUGCCACAUCGCAUGGCACAGUAGCGAGGGGCUGGCGCUUGAGCUGGUGGAAAGCGAAAAGUCCAUCAAGUUGUCCUCCGUCAGCACGAAGGCGCUUUCCGACACAUGUAAAUCAUGGGAAAGGUGGUCUUCCAAAGCGCCGUGGAAGCAGGACGAUUCUGGAAUCUGA